AUUUUAGAUAGCUUAGUAGAUCAUUCCAAGCAGGAAAAAUGGCUGCCGCCAGUGGGUCAGGCGAGACGACAAAACCUUCCCGAAAGAAGAAAUUUUCUCAACUUGGGAUCGACGAAUGGCUAAUAAAACAGUGCGAUAGCUUGGGUAUCAAAAGUCCUACCUUUGUACAAGAGAACUGUAUACCACCGAUUCUCAAAGGUCGUGACUGUAUAGGAUGUGCCAAGACAGGCAGUGGGAAGACAGCUGCCUUCGCACUGCCCAUCCUGCAGAAGCUGAGCGAGGACCCCUAUGGGAUCUAUUGUCUAGUUCUCACUCCCACAAGAGAGCUGGCCUUCCAGAUUGCAGACCAGUUCCGAGUGCUGGGGAAACCCCUUGGGGUGAGGGAUGCUGUCAUCACAGGGGGCAUGGGUAUGAUAGACCAGGGUUUGGAGCUGUCCAAGAAACCUCACAUUGUGAUUGCCACACCUGGGAGGAUAGCAGACCACCUCCGCAGCUGUGACACCUUCAGUUUAAAAAAGAUCAAGUUUCUGGUUAUAGAUGAGGCAGACAGACUUCUACAGGACAACUAUGGUGAGGACCUCAAUGAGAUUCUAGCAGCAGUUUCACCCAAGAGGCAGACUCUGUUGUUUAGUGCCACUAUCACAGACACAUUACAGCAGCUUCGCACUGUCGCCAUGCAGGAGCCUUUCUACUAUGAAGCUCCAGCUGAAGUGGCCACAGUGGAGACACUGACGCAGCAUUACGUCCUGAUGCCCCCCUAUGUGAAGGAUGGCUACCUGGUCCACAUCAUCCAGAAACUGCAGGAGGAACAUGAGGGCUAUUCUGUCAUUGUCUUCACCAACACGUGCAAGUAUGUAACACAUGUGUGUGUGUGUUUGUGCUGUGAUUUGGUACAUUUUUCAGUGUUUUGUGGACAAGGCAUUUUAGAAGAUCCUGACAGAUAUGAGGAAGAGCAACGGAGAGCCAAAAAGAAGAGGAGGAAGAUGGUCAAAGCCAAAAUCAAAGCAAGAAGAUCAAAAUCAGCAGUAAAUGCUAAAAAGAAAUAG